GACAUAUGCCGAAACCUUACCGACGGGGGAGGACCUUCCUGCGCCGCACGUGCCUCAGUGUGAAGAAAGUGAGUCUCGGUUCCAGACACGAUGGUGCUUCGGCUCUUGCUGCUUCUCGGGGGAGUGUCGUCGCUUGCAGCAGCGCAAGACAAGAGUGAGGACCUCACAGUUAAUGGAAACGAAAUUAUUGACAGCCUGCUGCGAGAGGCAAGGGACAGCGACUCCAUACAGAAGAAAAUAAACCCUGUCAUCGUUAAGCACGUGGAACUCGACGACCGUAGGGGUCAUGUCGACAACAUAUCUAUAUAUGGCCUCCCAUCCCUGAGUCGUCACGGUGACGUUAACAUCACUUUUAUCGACGAACAUUUGGUCACCAUCACGGGCCGACUGCGGGCAGAUGACUUGAACAUGUCUGGCCGAUACCUAUACCGGCCAUCACGUUUCUUCCGACUUCGCGGAAGCCUCGGUGCCAUUCUCAACUACUUCGUUGUCGAAAUUGGAAUGGAAGUCAAUACCGAUCUGAAUAGAGCCAGCGUUACCACAUUCAAGGUUGUUGAAAUUGGAAAUAUCAAGGUAACAAAGUUUACCGGAGCGUCGUUCGCCUUCAACUGGCUUGGAAAGUUCAUUGUCAACAAGAUACUGAAUGGCCGUAGCUUCUCAAUAUCUGAGCGUCUAGAAACAAGCGGUAAAAAAGCGCUAAACCGUCUUUUGGAGGAUAAAGAAAUUAGGUUUAAAUGAAACGUGGGCGUCAACUUACCGUUUUAGUUUAACGUAAUACUCGCCAUAUCUUAUGACUUGAGUUGAAUGAUCAGUGUUUUGAGGUGGUGUUGUCUUCAGUGUUGGGUAUAUGAUCAGUAAUCGCGACCUCAUUGAAAUGUAUUGCGAAUGUUAUUGUUUUUGGGAAUAAAUGUACAGUGUACGAUCGCGCCUAAUAAAAGAUAUUAACGUUGUGGUUGGA